GAUGCAAGCCGAGACCUUUGAGUGGCAGCCUUCAAGCCGCACCCCCACAAUUGUUGGUGACAACGUAGCAGCGGAAUCUCUCACUUAGCGCCACUCUCUAAGCCAGCUAAUCGAUCUCUGCUCAGCACUGAAUUAGAUAGCGGAACUUGCAUCCUUUUCUGCUUAUCCUGGUGGUGUAUGCUCUACCGACUGUUCAGCUCGCUGUCCCGUAAAACCCCGGCGUCUCUGUUUCGCUGCAUUUCCCACACCAUGAAGCCGCAGGUGCUGUUCGUCCUCGGCGGCCCCGGGGCUGGGAAAGGUACCCAGUGCGAAAAGAUUGUGGAGAAAUAUGGCUACACCCAUUUGUCUGCUGGUGACCUGCUGAGAGCAGAACGCGGGAGGCCUGGCUCGCAGUAUGGAGAGAUGAUUGAGUCCUUCAUUCGAGAUGGGAAAAUUGUACCAGUUAAGAUUACUAUCAGCCUACUGGAGAGGGCUAUGGAUGAAACAAUGAAGGAGAACAGUGAGAAGAACAAGUUCCUCAUUGAUGGAUUUCCUAGAAAUGAGGACAACUUGGAAGGCUGGAAAACAAACAUGGACGGCAAGGCCGAAGUGAAGUUUGUCCUGUUCUUUGACUGCAGCAAUGAGGUUUGCAUUAAUCGAUGCUUGGAAAGAGGAAAGAGCAGUGGCCGUAGUGAUGACAACAAGGAGAGCCUUGAAAAAAGGAUUAGAACCUAUCUUGAGUCCACUAGGCCAAUAAUUGAGCAAUAUCAAAAGCAGGGCAAGGUUCACACCGUUGAUGCCUCCAAGUCAGUAGAUGAAGUCUUUGCAGAAGUACAGAAAAUUUUUGACAAGGAAGGAUAAAGCCUGGAUAUGAACUGUUGCCUUCAGACAUAGUUAGCCAUUCUUGAAUAUUUUUUCAGAGAUUCCUACGCAUUCUUUUAAUUUUUUUUUUAUUUUUACUUGAAAACAUUUUGGUUUUAAAAAAAAAAACAUAACAAAAGAAAAUGCAUAAUUCAAUUAAGAAGAAGAAAAUAAUGUUUACUUUUGGGUAGAGGAUGAAGUUGGCUGAAAAAAAUGAAAAUUUUGUGAUCCUGUAACAUUUCGCGGGUGCAGAGUGUUAGAGAUCCCCUCCAAAAUUCACAGGUAGAUUAUUUCCUGGUGCAUACGUGUGUUAGAGCUGUCAAAAGGGCUGGACCCUCCUCGAGAUAGUCAGUCAGUGAGUUGUUGAAAGGUUUUAUGCAGUCGGUGAGACAACACUAAAUAAUGCUGUUGGCCUGACCCAGAAGGACCAAACUACAUAACAUUCAGUCUCAGGAUAAAAAAAUUCAGUCAUAGGUUUAUCUGUACAAUUUCUUGAGGACUGCAACAUUCUGCUUUCAGUGUGAUGUACUGAAACUUUACCUUAUCAUGUCUUUAAUUUGGCUACUGCCUUGCCGUAGCGUCCAUUAUAUGCAGCAAUUCAGACGAAGAGCUAAAAAGCUUUUCUUUCAUCAUGCAACUCCCUUUAUGUGCCAGUUAUGUAGAUUAGCUGGGAUUUUCUUACUCUACCUGAUAUGUUCUCUAUGAAAAUAUAAUCAAGUUUACCUGCUCUUAUGACAGAUUACCAUUUUAAUGCAAUGAUUUGGGAAGAUUGAUACCAAUUUUGUUUGUUUUUCUCUGUAUUUUUAUCUUUUGGACUUUUUUCAGAUUAGUCAGCUUUCAGUGGGCUUUUAUGCAUCUCAGUCUCUCUAAAAGUUUCCAUAUGGCAGGGUGAAGUCCGGAUUGCUUACUCUUUUAUAUAUGCCAACAUGUGUUUGGCACCUUUUUGGUCAUUUUACAUUUUGAGAGUUUAUGAUUUAAAGACUCCUGGUGUCUGCAAUUCAAGUGAUGCAGCGAGCAAAAGAGGAAUAGCGGAUAUGCAGCCUUGGCAAAUGGUAAAGUAUAUAGGACAAAUGACGGACAGAAAUGCAAUAAUGAGAUCUUUUUAGGUCUGACUCUGUGGUUUAUUUUUGCAGUCUCAAAAUCUGAAAUCAUCAGUUGCCUUAAUUUCUAUUUAAUAACGCUGAGGUAAAAUAGAUGAUGUGCACCAUCUUAUUUUUUACUUCAUUGGUUGCUCUUACAGUAUGGAUUUCAGAUUUUUGUAUAUAUAUGUGUGUGUAUAUUAUAUAUUCGUAUAGUAUACACACAUACAGUACAAACAUGCAAUUAUAUACACAUACCGUAUGCUUAUAUAUAUAUAUAUAUAUAUAUAUACACUGAAGUGUUAGGUGUGUGUGUGUGUGUAUGUAUAUAAUAUAGGCUGUACAUCUCAGAUUUUGACUUGAACAUUACUUAAUUCCUUCCCAUUAGCCCCAUUUUCAACAACAGAAAGGAUGAAUGAAAAAUUGUCUCUUUAUGGUAAUUGUGAUGUGUACAAAAGUGUCCUAGGAAUUAAUUAUAUUAAGAGAGCUGUUAUUUUUUUUAAUGCAUAUUUUAAAUGUUUUAUGUCAAUUUUUUUUUUUCUUUUUUGCCAACAAGUUUUUUUUUUUUUGCUCUGAAAUGUUAACUUUCAUAAAUAUUAAGGUAGCCCAAGCUAAAGGUUGGUUCAGGUUUUAAACUUUACAGGAACUUAUCAGGCUAAUAAAUCCUUCAGUUUUAUUCACUUGUCAACUAGCACAGCACUCUUGUAGAUUUCUUUGUCCAAAUCCUUUAGUUUUAUUUUUAACCUCCAGCUCAUUUUCUGCUCUUUUAGCCUUCAUUUCCCUCCCCUUUUGUGUAAACUGUGGUUUAAUUUCUUGAAUUGUUCAAAUAUUAUCGUUGUUAAACUCACAGUGAAAGGACCAUUACAUGUUUAAAUCAGGCGUUCUUUUAAUCUACAUAGGACAAAACAAAUCAUGAUGUGCUGAAAAGGAAAUAUCUCACAAAAUAUACCAUUCUUGAAACCUC